CGCAACCAUUCUCAAUCGACGCAAGGAACCCAUGAUCAUAGGCGACUACAACCACUUCGAAGUCGGCUGCCGUCAGUCUGUACGCGCGAAUAGCGCAGUCGUGAGCUCAUCCAGGUGGCCAGGCGUCGAGUGUCCCGUCGUUGGCAGCUCCAACACAUUCGGAGGCAGGUGUCGUCUGACUGCUCAGACGAGCGUCACGGACCGCUGCACGAUUGGCGCAGGCUGUCAGGUCGCUCCACAACCCUUCUUCGAUAACAUCGACGAGGCAGCAGACAGCAACAGCAUCUAUACAGAGACUCUGCCAAGUCAGACCGUCAUCUAUGGAAAGGACGCCAUGCGACGCAAAUGGACCGGCGUGGGCGCUGACCAGGCCCGCGCUCUGCACCUCAAACAUCUCGAAGUCCUUCGUGAGAUCUUGCCCCAGUAUGGGCGAGUCAAGCAGGCAGCCGCAGCGGAAUCCCGACCAGCAUAGAGGCUACACUAAAAAUGUCUGCAUCUACUCGUACGCACAAGCUCACGUAAAUACAUCUCUGAAUUAGCUGAAAAGUCUCUGUCUACCUGGUCGACAGCAUCUAGAUUGCCGUCUCAAUGUUGUUGUCUACAGUGUGUAAUCCAUCACGUCCGACGUCUCUGAAACGCUUCUUCGUGAUCGCGAGCCUCGACGUACAGGCGUCACACUUGCUGUCUGCACUUCGAUCUCUUCCUCUGCAAAGAAGUCUGGCUCUCUCCAUGCUUGUCGC